AUGCUCUCUCACAGGCAGCUGGACAACAACCAGCUGACAUGCAUCGACGAGAGCGCCAUCAAGGGGCUGCGGGAACUGCAAGUCCUGACGGUGAACAACAACAACCUGACGACGCUGCCCCGGGAGCUGUUCGAGCACAUGACGAAGCUGAGGAGCGUCCGCCUGGCCGACAACAAGUUCGUGUGCGACUGCCGCCUGUCGUGGCUCGGGCGCUGGCUGCGACGGCACCCGACGCUGGCACUCUUCACGCGCUGCGACGGCCCGGCGGCGCUGCGGGGCAAGGAGGUCGCCGAGCUGCAUGAGUCCCACUUCAAGUGUUCAGGUGGUGCGUCGCGCGACGAGGGCGGGAACUGCCCGUCGCCGCCGCUGUGCCCGGACAAAUGCCGCUGCGACGAGGGCAUCGUGGACUGCCGGGACCGCGGCCUCACUCACGUGCCCCUCCACAUCCCCGAGGACACCACCGAGCUGCGAUUGGAGCAGAACCAGAUCUCCGAGGUCCCCAGCCGCGCCUUCGCCCCCUUUAGGAAGCUGCGUCGCAU